AUGCUGCCGGAAAGCUAUCGUUUCGGAAAAAAGGAUACGUUCUCUAAGCGUAGAGGUCUGAAUUUGCGAAGGUCAAUUCCUAAGCCAAUCCAGCCUUUGACUUAUACUCCCCCCACAAAUAAUCCGAAUUCUCAUGUAAAUAAGGAUGAAUUGCUUAAUAGUUUUCCUAUUUUAAGUCUACCUGUGAAUAGUUUCCCUCUUACUGAUUUAAAAGAAAGUCUGAUUGUUGAACAACUUAAAGUUCAAUCAGCUAAAGAUGCUAUUCUGGCGUUAUAUUUCCGUUUUUUUCCAGAGCAUACUCGUUUCCAAAGAUAUGAAUUUAUAAUGAGCAAUUCAGCGAAGAAAAUGUUAAUGUAUGUCUUUCAAUCUCUCGGGUUAUCAAAAAUGUUACGUUUUUCAACCCCAGAUUUGUUUGAAAAUACCAGGUUCAAGGGUGGGUUGCACCAUUGCUUAGAUGUUCUCACCAGGACCCCGUAUAAAAAAGUAAUAGAAUUUAUAACAUAUUAUAAAGGUAUGUAUGGGCGCUUAAUCAUAUUUGUUAGCUUAGGGAUUGGUUGUACUGUCUGGUACAACUUUAUACCUGGAGUACCAGAAGUAGCACCUCCAGGAAUCUUAGUACCGAGAGAGCUUCCGUAUGAUUCUUUCAAGGAUGUUUCAUUUGAUAUAGCCCCCUUUAUGAAAAUGAGUUAUGUGGAGUAUAAGUAUAUAUCAGAUCAAGUGUUAUCCGCCUUUGAUAAUGUCUAUCCGUUCAAUGAAAUCCAUCUUCCUAGUGGUAACACUGCUGAAGGUAGCAAUGCUAGGGUGGCCCUUGGUUUAGGGAUCAUAGUAGCAGCCUUUCUCGGAAUGGGUUUUUACACUCUAUCUCCGCUAAGGCUCAGGAGAAUAAGUAGGGAUGAUCUACUAGAAUUUUUAUUUGCAACGCUACCUGAUUUUCCUGACUUAACGUUUUAUCCAAGCAGAGAUAGUUCACACUAUAUAGUUGUUUUUCCAUCAAAAAAAGAGGAUGUCUUGGUGUUCAUGGCAUUGAGUAUCCAUUUCUAUCGUUUGACUUAUGGUUAUGUGCCCAAGGAGAAUUACAGAUUAUUAGAUAGGUUAGGUCUCUUUUAUUCUGGUAUUCAAAACAUGGGUAAGGUGAGUAGACUGUACCAGAUUAACAUGGAUCCAUCAUUACAACUGAUUCCUGAGAGUCUGGUUUUAGAUGGUGUUAAGUCCUUUGUUGGGGCAGAUUCGGUUUGUUAUAAGCUGGUUAGUAGCUUUCUAAAUCUCGAGACCUUUGAUGAGGAUGGUAGAAAGAUAUGCUUCGGUUGUAUGCCAAUUGUUGGAGAAAUCAAUAGGGUCUUAUUCAAUCUUACCUUAAUGGAGUUCGACCGGCAGUUCAGCCAUAAAUAUCCAGGGAUUGCAUUUGAAAGAUUCAUAGGUAUGGUCUUUAUAGCAUGUACUGAUGAUCUAAGAAUCGAUGAAUAUCAAGUAUUUGAUAUGAUACAAGAUCUCGGGCUGUCUUGUUCAAUCGAGUAUAAAGAACCAGGGCUAGAGCCUCUCUAUUGUCGCAAUAGGAUGGUUGCUCUGGACUAUGAGGGUAAGGUUGUCGUGUACAAUCCUACAGAUUACUAUCCUACAGAUUAUGGUUAG